CAUAUGUCUCAAAUUAAAAAGUCUUGCCCAAUAUACUACAUACAUACGUGGUUAAAAACUGUUUUAUGUGAAACUCGUUCUCGUUGUAACAUAAUUUACAGUCAAAUUAAUGGAAUCAUUUUAAAACAAUAAUGUGUCGACAAAAACUAUUUUGCUUCAGAGUAUUCUAACGUGUAUACAUUGAAGAUCCAAGCCUGUGGGAAUCAGGGAUACAAACUUGACUGCAUAUUUGCACCUGAUGUCGACCAACAUGCCAAGUGGACCUCCCUUUUUCUUGGAUAUGCACAUCAACCCAGCAUCCAGUCUGUCUCCUGCAGUCCUCUGGCGGACGAAUGCAAAAAAUCUGUGAUUUGAAGGUCGCCUUAAAGACUCCAUGUCUUUCUUGGACUGCUCCUGCAUCUCCCCCACUCAGGUCCAGCCCAUGGACAUAGAGGAGUGCUAUGAGGACACAAGUCUGCAACACUUGCAGGUCUCUUUGUGUGACCAUGAAGGGCAGACAAUGGGGGGCGGUGACAGCAGUGCGGCGUUGUCGGCAGUACCCGCCCACUACCAGUUUCUAACUGAACUUGGGCGGGGCUUCAACAACCUGAGCCAGGUGCACAUGGCGCGCCAUACCCCAACCGGCCAACUGGUGGCGGUCAAACAAACCAACCUGGAUGAGGUCACCGAGGAGGAGCUUCUGCAGCUCAUGAAUGAGGUUCUUCUGUCUCGAAGGUUUCGUCAUCCAAACCUGCUGACAUCCCGACUUGUCUUUAGCUCUUGCUGCCAGCUGUGGGUCCUCACGCCGCUCAUGGCCUAUGGUUCUGCGCACUCCCUACUCAGAACCCAUUUCCCUGAUGGAAUGAGUGAGUCCCUUAUAGCAUACCUGCUUUAUGGUGUGCUGCAAGCAUUGGAGUACCUGCACCGUAUGGGCUACGUUCACAGGGGUGUAAAAGCCAGUCAUAUCCUGCUGUCAGAAGAGGGGCGUGUCUACCUGUCAGGGCUCCACGGUGUUUACAGUAUGAUGCGUGAUGGGAAGCGGAUGAGGGUGGUGUUCGACAUGCCUCAUCACAGCCCUGCCCUGCUGCCUUGGCUCAGCCCUGAACUACUGCAACAGGACCUUCGUGGUUACGGAGUGAAGUCCGAUAUCUACAGUUUGGGUAUUGCCGCCUGUGAAUUAGUGAGCGGAAGGGUGCCUUUUCAGGACAUGGUCCCUACUCAGACGCUGCUUCUCAAGCUACGUGGCUUACACCCCUGCCUGCCAGACACGGCGCCCUUUCCACUCAGCAAACUGAAGGUGUCCCGGUCAGGGCUGGACUCCGGCAUGGGAGAGAGCUCUGCUACCGGGAGCGCCACGCAUAGCACCAGUGCACCGCCGCUUGCCACAGACGUCCUACAGAGCCCCGCGCCCAAGAACCACUCGGCCACUCUGCACAGUUUGGUGCAACUGUGUCUACAGCAGCAGCCUGACCGCAGACCGUCAGCCUCUGCUUUGUUGACCCACGCCUUUUUCAAGCAGGUGAAGAAGCACACCAGAGACUCCUUCCUCAGUCUGAUGUACCCAGCGGUGCCACUCACCAGCUCAGAGGGGCUGCCUUUGUCCUGUCCCCCGUCUCCCCCCUGCCAUGUUCAAACUGCAUCCCCGGGUGUCUGUGCUGAGGUGGCAUGGGAUUUCUCCUGAACCCAACAGGAAAAAGCGUUGAAGGUUUGAACUCCUGUAAUUUUAUUGUGAUCAUUACCCUGAGCCUUUAAGAUUAUUUUGAUAUUUUUUACGUUUUUAUUAGAUAUAUAUUUACAAGGUAACUGUGAAGAUGCUGUAAUCAUCUCAUGAUGAUGAAUUUAUAAUAUUUGCAGUGGUAGGAACCCAUUGAAUUUGUGUAGGGAUCCUUGUUUUGACUUUGUGAAAAAAGGCAAAUUUAGUGAAGUUUUCCAGUAAACAACCUUGCUGGGCAUCUGUACUGGUUUGGUCAGAAUCAGAUUCACCUUUAUUGUCAUUGUGCUGGGGGUUACAACGAGAUUUAGAACAACAAUGAUGACUCUGCUGACUUAUAGGAACAUAAAACAAAGUAUUUUAGGUGUCUAGUCUACAAAGAUAUGAACAUUACAUCAUUUUUAUGGUCGAUUGUUGAAACUGAGAAUUAGGAAAAUAACAUUAAAAAAAGUUAAUAAAUACAUUAGUAUUUGAGUAAAAUAAGUAUUUGAUUCUAAUACAAAUGGGGGUUUAGUGCAUAACAGUAGACAAAUCAGCUGUUUCUUGUAGUUAUAGGGAUUUUGGUGAGAGAAACGUUACAAAACAGACUGUUUGCACCUUCAAGUUUGACGGUAGUAAUGUUGUUGGAUUCAUAUUCAACAUUUCUCUGCAAACAAAGACGUCCAGUCCACUCGAUGCCAAACACUUGUCAUGUGACCUCAUCACAUUCUCCUUGUCCCCUUGUGUGACUCAUUCAGGUGUUAAUUGUCAAAACGUGUAGUCCAUCCCAGUUUAGUGCGGGUCUACAAUCCUGUCCCUGAGGUCAGCUCUUUGGUCAUGCCCGUGGUGGUGUAGGGUUUGAAUGCAAGAGUGUUUGUGUGACAGGUGUAUUUUCUAUACAUAAUGAGUUGAGAUCAGGAAUAAAAGGGACAGGACUUAUUUUUGUCUUUCAUGGACACGUAGCCACUCUGUGGGGUCACAAACUUAGUCACUAUGUUACUUAUUUCCCACAGCUAAAAGCAAUUUAGAACUUUUAUUUUCAUUUAAAUGUUUAUAUAGUCCCUCUGUUCAAGUAAAGCAACCAUAAAAAAGGAUGUAUUAUUCAUAUUUUUAUAAGAGGGUAAACUUGCUUAUUAAGCAGUGGUUCAAAUACUUAUUUGUAUAUUGAAUAAUUUACGCAGCAAUAAGUCACUUGGAUGACAACAAUAGUCAUGAACACAAAUACUUGUUGUUUUGUUUGUGUUGCGUGGGAAAUUUCUGCUGCUGCUGUUUGUGUUCAAAAUAUAUACAAACCCCAAAACCAAUGAAGUUGUCACGUUGUGUAAAUCGUAAAUAAAAACAGAAUACAAUGAUUUGGAAAUCCAUCCAUCCAUCCAUCCACUUUCUACCGCUUGUCCCUUUUGGGGUCAGGGUUUUUUUUUGCAAAUAAUCAUUAACUUAGAAUUUAAUGGCAGCAACACAGUGGUUUUCUGAAGUGUUCCUGAGCCCAUGUGGUGAUAUCCUUUACACACUGAUGUCAGUUUUUGAUGCAGUACCGCCUGAGGGAUCCAAGGUCACGGGCAUUCAAUGUUACAUGCAGUGAUUUCUGCAGAUUAUCUGAACCUUUUGAUGAUAUUACAGACCUUAGAUAGUGAAAUCCCUAAAUUCCUUGCAACAGCUGGUUGAGAAAUGUUGUUCUUAAACUGUUCGACAGUUUGCUCACUCAUUUGCUCACAAAGUGGUGACCCUCGCCCCAUCCUUGUUUGUGAAUGACUGAGCAUUUCAUGGAAGCUGCUUUUAUACCCAAUAAUGGCACCCACCUGUUCCUAAUUAGCCUGUUCACCUGUGGGAUUUUCCAAAUAAGUGUUUGAUAAGCAUUCCUCAACUUUAUCAGUCUUUUUUGCCACUUGUGCCAGCUUUUUUUGCUGCGGGCAUCAAAUUCCAAAUGAGCUAAUAUUUGCAAAAAAUAAGUUUUCCAGUUUGAACAUUAAGUAUCUUGUCUUUGCAGUCUAUUCAAUGGAAUAUAAGUUGAAAAGGAUUAGCAAAUCAUUGUAUUCUGUUUUUAUUUACGAUUUACACAACGUGCCAACUUCACUGGUUUUGGGGUUUGUAUAUACAGUAUGUAUGUAUGUAUGUAUGCAUGUGUGUAUAUAUAUAUAUAUAUAUAUAUAUAUAUAUAUACUGUAUAUAUGUACAUGUUCAAGGCAGAUGGCAGAGAGCGUGUGUGGGAGAGCGGUGU